AUGAAGGCGGAAGGGGGCGACCACUCCAUGAUCAACCUGUCGGUGCAGCAGGUCCUGAGCCUCUGGGCCCACGGGACGGUGCUGAGAAACCUCACGGAGAUGUGGUACUGGAUCUUUCUCUGGGCUCUCUUCUCCUCUCUGUUUGUCCAUGGUGCUGCAGGAGUGUUGAUGUUUGUGAUGCUUCAGAGGCAUAGGCAGGGACGAGUAAUCUCUGUCAUUGCCAUCAGCAUCGGAUUUCUGGCUUCUGUAACUGGAGCGAUGAUUACUAGUACGGCAGUAGCAGGCAUUUACAGAGUAGCAGGGAAGAACAUGGCCCCUUUGGAAGCGCUGGUAUGGGGCGUUGGACAGACUGUACUGACAUUAAUCAUCUCCUUUUCGAGGAUCCUCGCCACACUUUGAGGCUUCUGUGGGAAUGUCUUACUUCACAUAAGGAAACAGAUGUACAGAUUCCUUGAAAAUGGCAUUGGUAACAGGAGGAAAUGAAAUUGUACAAGAAGGUGAAGGAGCAGGUUAAAACACGGCCUGGAGCUGUGUAGGAGGAGUGCCCUCUGGUGUCUAAGUGAUUGCACUACUGCACCGCACCUUACGUGCCUCGUCGCGGGCAAGGUGCAUCCACCCACUCUGUGAAGCUGCAAGAAAGAGCACCUUGUUUACUGCCAGUCAGGUUAACAUUGGUGUUGAAAUCGUUGUUCUUAACAGUGUUGUGUUAAAUUACAGGGACGUUUGGAGGAAUUGAUAUAUGUGCCAAACUUAUUUCUUUUUGUUAAGCAUUGAUCACGUGACAAUAGCUGUAGAUGAGCGUGGUGAACGUAUUGACAUGAAUUCAGGUAACAUAGUAAGAAUUUGUUUUGUAACGCUAAAUCCUGAAUGAGUGCUGAAUACCCAAUCAUUUAAUAGGAGAUAAAUUAUUUGUUUUUUAAUGUUGAGUGUUUCUGGGAUUUAGGGCUUUAAUAUGUUUAGGCAUUAUUGUUAUUUAAUUUAUGUGGAAAAUACACAGUAAUACUUAAUGGAAAACUAGCUGAACCGUUCUGAGGACUCAAAGUAGAUCUAUAGGGUGCGUAAUUUUCACCAACUUAAAUAACACCCUUUUCAUAGUUUCCCUCAUGCAUAAAUAUUCUAUUUAUAUGAAUUCAGAACAUUAUGGGUCACAUCCAUUGACUGUAAUUUGUGUAUCAUAAAAAUAUAAUUUGAAAAUUUUCUUAAAAUUUUGUAAGAAAAAAGUCAGAGGUUCAUGUUGCAUUGUUUAUCCUUCUGAAGAAAAGUGUUUGCCAUGUAUCUCCUAACAAAAGAUCUUUACAACAAGUGUCUCAGUGGGAUGAUAUCACUUGUUGUAUUUAUCUUGAUUUUUGACAAAAUCUACGGAAUCUUUUAUUCUGGAGUAUUAACUGUCUUUAAAGAGUGGCCUAAAUUAGGCUGAGGAAACAAAAAGCCUCAUUUGCAGAUAAGUAACAAGCAAGUAAUAUAGCAAGACUAAUAAGCUGUUUUACGUGGGGUAUGUGGCAGAGUUAUAAGUUUGCUAAGUAAAAAUUGGGGCGUAUAGUAAAUAAUUAUAAAAUUUAGAAAUUAAUCUCAGCAUAUCAAUACAGUAUUGAGUGAUUUUUGAGUGAUUCGUUUUAGUUGUUUAGUUCUUGAUUUAUUCUCUGUUACUGGAGUUUAUUAGAAUCUGUAUGAUAUUUUUUAGAAAUUGAGUGGUCCUUGAUAUAACACAUUCUGAGAAGUUUUAGAAAUAUGUAAUUAUUUGUAAGAGUACAGGAAGUAGGGAAAACACAGAGCCUGGUUAAACUUAUCUCCUAAUGAGAUUUUUUUUUUUGUACCAGAUGCAGUUAAUAAAUGUGAUAAUUCAAAGGAAGAACCGUUUCAGAUGAUACGAAGUUAAGGACAAUCCAAAAGAUCAUAUGUGUGCUAUAGCCUCACUAAUUUAUAACCUGAUUUGGUAAAAGUAGGUUUAUAUUGGGUCCCAUUCAAACUUAAUAGCUUUGUUACCCAUACCACUUUUUUUUCCAUUAAAAAAUAGAAUAUACCAACCACUCAACAGUGAGGAGGUGGUGGGGAUGCUUUUACUGGUAUAGAAGCCAAUUUCAGGGAUUUACUAAUAUCAUGGCUUGGAAAUUUGUUAAACACAAAUAAUAAGCAUCUGUGCGUUCUUGGAGAUCUUGGGAGUGAAAUCUUUAAUUUGAUUAUUUUUAUCAUGCAAAAACCUGGAAUUAUUUUCACAUGUUCUUUAUAUCCCUGAUGUUUUCUCAAAUUAAACUUAGGCGUAAAUUUUCCAAGUCAAUUUGACUUCUCCUUUUCUGUUAGAGUUGAUUUAUGUUCUUCCUUUAUUUGGCUAUUCUACAAAUAAUUGAAAGUGGUCAUAUUCUUCUGGGAGAAUUACCAAUGACAUGUUGAAAUUGUUUCAGAUUUACAAAAUGAAUGUGUAUUUUAACAAAUGAUUAUUUUAUGAUUUAAGAAACUUUUCAUGGUAAGGUAAUGUGGAGCACAUGGUUCAUAUUCCAGAAUUAACCAGAAAAUAACUUGGACACAUUAAAUGUAUGACUAUAUGGACCAAAGAGAUUUAAACUCCUGUUUUUACUCUGGAAUAUAGGUAUAUUCGGAUGGUUAAUAUUUAGUUUGUAGAAUGCCCUGCAAUUGUUAUCAAGUUACUUUUAAGUUAUGAAGUGUGGGUGCAUGUAUACGUUUAACUUUUGGGGAAAUUUUUGGUUUCUUUGAUGUUUUCAUAUAUUUCCAUUGGGAUUUUUUGCAAGGGUUGCUCAUUUAAUGUUUUGAAAUAGAAUUGAAUAGUGUGAAUUUAUGAAAUUGUCUUAAUAGCUAUUUAUAUGCUGAGAUUUUUUUUAAAGUUAGUGUUUUUUUAUAGAGGCAAGAAACAUUUAAUGAUAUAUAUACAGACAUAUAUAUCAUUAUAUAUACACAUAUAAAGCUGCUAUAUAUGAAUACAGUCUAAUUGGAAAGCUUUUGUUCAAUGAACACUUUAAUGUUCUAGUGGAGAAUUUGAUAUAUUUGUUCAGUUGAAUGAUCUUCAAAUAUGUUUGAGAAUGUUUAAGAUUUUUUAAUUUUGGGAGAUAUUUCUUGGCUCAAUAGCAUUGGAUAACCUUGUUAGUGAUAUGGCAAAAGCCCUAUUGACAGAUUAGGGUUGUUAACACUUUCUUAAAAUCUGUAUGUCGGUUAGCAGUAGAUUUUCUUUGUGAGAAAUGCAAGAAGGAAAGGGAGAAUCCCCUGCAGUUUACACUCCUUUACUUACAAAAUGUUUAGUUACCUAUUGCUAACAAUGAAAUCAACUCCUCGAGGAAGAGAUUCCUGUAUGUCAAAACUAUUAUUAUUUAAUAUGCUAUUUAGAGAUGAGCAUAGGUCAGAGUUAGUCAGGGGACUUCAUAUAAGUUACAAAAUAAUGUUGAAAACCCUUAGAUGAGGGAGGUGUAAAUAAUCUGCCCCAUGGGACCAUCCCAUUGGUUGCCUGGAAUGAGGAAAGUCCUUACCGAUGGCCGUAUCAGUGCAUUCAACUCAGUAUUUCUUAUUUGAGAUCUUAAUGUUUGCCAGACAGUGUUAUAGUUUAUUACCUAACGUACUUUCUUAGUAUUUGUAGCAUACAUUUCCACAGCCCCCCAAAAGUCUAAGGGUUUUGUUUGUGCUUUACAUGAGAGAAGUAAAGAAAUGAGCUGGCCUUUAUAUCAUUUAUUUGUGACCCAAGGAACAGGGGUAGUUUAAAAUCAGAGAAUGUUGUUGGAAAAGGUCUUUGGAGAACAGCUAAUUAAGAUGUGGAAAGUGGGGCUGCCACUGUAAUGUGCCCAAGCUGACACCCCCAUGUUAACUAAUUCAAGUUUGUCAGCGUUUUCUGUGGAUCUGCUACAAGGUGCUGUAUUUCCUGGAGUAAGUACGAGGAUGAGCAAGAUGUGGAUUCUGCCCUUGAGUUCACCAAGAGCUAGCAAGGCGAUUUUAAAUCCUACACUAGUUGAGAUGGUGUUUUGCCUUCCUGAUUUUAGUUGCAUGUUCAAGUCCUUUUCUUCUGCCUCAAAUUCUGAUUUUCCCAGUUGAUCCAGUAGGUGGAAUUUCAGUAACUGAGAUACCAUUGCUGUGAAGUGAAAAGAGUACUAGGAUCUAAGCCAGCGGCAUGGAUUUGAAUCCAGCCUGUCACUUGGAGACUUUUGUGAUCUUGAGCAAAUCACUUAACCUCUCUGAGCUUCAGUUCAUACUCUGUAAAGUGAGAUUAAUAAUCUCGUGUGGUUAUUGUGAGGAUUACAUGGGAUCGUUUCCAAAUGAGGAAACGGUACAUGUUUGACAGCAAAUGAUCAAUAGAUGGUCAUUAAAAUUCUUUUAAAAAAUUACAUUUUGCAAUAAAAUUGAAUAUGUUGGUUUGUAAAAUCCACCUGUUUUCAUCCAUUGCCUGAUUCUCCUUACAUACAUUUUGGGAAGGAAACUGUAAAACAUCUCUUGUGAUCUUGCCUUCCUUUACCUCUUCUCCACCCUCCAUUUUUGUAAAUCAGCAGAUACUUGAUUUAAGAACAUUUUUUGGAGUUGGUGGAGUGGAGACAGCCAGGGCAAGCAGAAUUAAAUUACAGGCGAGGUGGCCAACAUCUACUCUUUCGUCUUAUCCUACUUACUUCCCAAGGAGCUCUGGUGGCACAGUGGUUAAGUGCUUGGCUGCUAACGGACAGGUUGAUGGUUAGAA